AUGGAUUGGUCAGCCUCCGGCUGUCAGCUUUCCAAUUGGCUUACGUCGAGGUGGGCGGAGUCUGUGCUAGGCGAUUCGAAUUCAAAUGCGCAGGCAGUGACGGUCCGCCGGCAAUUCCUGAGCGAUUUUUCGCAUUUGGAGCCGGUGGCCGCCAGAAUGUCUUUUUCUAAGGCGCCCCUGAAAAGAUUCAAUGACCCUUCCGGAUGUGCGCCAUCUCCAGGUGCUUAUGAUGUUAAAACUUCAGAAGUAUCAAAAGGACCAAUAUCUUUUCAGAAAUCACAAAGGUUUAAGAAACAAAAAGAAUCUCAACAAAAUCUUAAUGCUGACACAGAUACUACCAUGCCUACUUCAGCUAAAAGAGCUAGGACUUCAGAAUUCAAGAAGGAAUCUCAAAAGAAUGAUAAAGAUUUGAAGAGACUGGAAAGAGAGAUUCGUGUUCUUGUUCAGGAGCGUGGCACUCAGAACAGACGGAUCCAGGAUAUGGAGUCUGAGUUGGAGAAGAUGGAAGCAAAGCUAAAUGCUGCAGUCAGGGAAAAAAUAGCUCUCUCUGCAAAUAAUGCUUCACUGGAUAAACAGCUUAUUGAACUAUCCAGGACCAAUGAACUGUUAAAGUCUAAGUUUACUGAAGAUGGUAACCAGAAGAAUGUGAGAAUUCUAAGCCUAGAGCUGAUGAAGCUUAAAAACAAAAGAGAAACAAGAAUGAGGAGUAUGAUGGCUAAACAAGAAGGCAUGGAGGUGAAGCUGCAGAUCACUCAGAGGAGUCUGGAAGAGUCUCAGGGGAAAAUAGCACAACUCGAGGGGAAACUGUAA